AUGAGCGUAUCUUGUGGACGGCGGAUCUUUUCAGACAUUGUGCGUCAAGUACGCACGUUUGCUACCGUGGGCGUAGACGCUCGCUCGCUUGCAGGUACACGCAACGCCACGGUCUGGCGAUCGUACCGCACGACGACGUUGCAGUACCCGCGGCUUUGGGAACUGCGCGCUUCGCGCUUCCUCUCAGGUGAGGCGGUGGAGGCGAGUGCAAGCAAACGCAAGCCCCAUCUGAAUGUUGGCGGUAUGGGUCACGUUGACCAUGGGAAAACUACGCUCGCGGCAGCGAUUACGAAAGUGCUCGCCGAGACUGGUGGAGCCCGGUACACUGCUUACGAAGAGAUUGACAAGGCACCGGAGGAGCGCGCCCGCGGGAUCACGAUCAACGCUUCGCAUCUCAAAUACGAGACUCCAUCACGUUCGUAUGCACAUGUCGAUUGCCCUGGGCAUCGAGACUUUGUGAAGAACUUUAUCACGGGUGCGGCACAGGUCGACACCGCGAUUCUCGUGGUCAGCGGCCCGGACGGCCCGCAGCCGCAGACUCAAGAGCACGUACUGCUAUCGAAGCAGGUAGGUGUUCCGAACUUUGUUGUAUACCUGAACAAAUGUGAUAUGGUCGACGAUCCGGAACUUUUGGACUUGGUCGAAUUAGAGGUGCGUGAACUACUCAGCAAGUACGAAUACGAUGGCGACAACGUGCCGAUCGUGCGGGGCUCUGCCCUGAAGGCAUUGCAGGGCGAUCAGAGCGAGCUUGGCUGUGGGUCCAUCCACAAGCUCCUGGAGAUUCUCGACAAGGUCCCAAUACCCAAAAGAGACCUUGAAAAACCGUUCCUGAUGCCCAUUGAAGAUAGCUUUAGCAUUACUGGCCGAGGAACGGUGGUUACGGGACGCGUGGAGACCGGUAUCCUACGCCCUGGUGAUGAAAUCGAAAUCGUCGGACUUCGUCCUCCCGAGGUAGCACCAAUGCGCACGAUCGUCACCGGUAUCGAGACUUUCAAGCAGUCGCUUCCUUACGCAGAGGCUGGCGAGAAUGUUGGCUGUCUGCUUCGCGGGGUCAAGCGCGAAGACGUGUUGCGCGGUCAGGUUCUAGCGAAACCGGGAACCUCCAGAGCGCACCGCAAGUUCGAGGCUGACGUUUACAUUCUUACUCAGGAGGAAGGCGGCCGCCAUACACCAUUCUUCAGCAACUAUCGUCCUCAAUUCUUCGUGCGGACUGCAGAUGUCACAGGACGCUUCCUUCUGCCGCCAGAAGUGGAGAUGUGCAUGCCAGGAGAUCGCGUACGAUGCGCUGUUGAGCUCAUCUAUCCGGUCGCGCUGCAGGAAGGCUUACGUUUCGCUGUUCGUGAGGGCGGCAGGACCGUCGGUGCUGGGUUGGUUACGAAAGUCAUCGAGUAA